GGGGGUCAGUAGCCAAUGGAAAGACCCCAAAUUAUAAGCCCUGUCGAGUUCAGUAUUUAUGAACGGUGAAGUUCUCUGACAUUGACACUGGACUGUGAAGAGAUACAAGUACAGGUGGCAAGGAUGAUUUCUCAGGUUCUCCUGACCGGGAUAUUAUCCUGUCUACUGCCAGGUACGUUAGAUGCUACACCUCUGAAGACCGGAGCUUUUGGGGAGGUCAGCAUUGACCCCGACCAGGCUCACGGCUUCCUGUCUCAGACACGUCCCAAACGGAACAUCGACCCCAAGUGGCACCGCAGCACGCCUGACUUCCAGUCCUACUACAAAUUCUACAACAGCAUCGGCCAUACUGAAGGACUAUAUGAGAUUGACAGGAUCAGGAUGCUGUACCAGCAGAUGCGUCACCUGGAGCAGGUCUAUGGGCCGGACGCCUCCAGCUACCAGAAUGCCCUGGGUGUGAUAACGCCCCCGCCUACUACCACUCAGCCCCCGCCUACUACCACUCAGCCCCCGCCUACUACCACUCAGCCCCCGCCUACUACCACUCAGCCCCCACCUACUACCCCAGCACCGCCCUCUCUUACUGAGGCAGAAGUGUUGUACCUGUGUAAUGCAAAGGACCCCCUCUGUAAAGCUCACAUUGUUUACCUGCCUGCAGGGGCCAUCCCGGUUCUCUGUGACCCACGCUACAACCCUGCCUGCAAACCCCAAACUGGCAGGGUGGUCAUUGCUGCCGCAUCACUGAAGCCAGCUCCUGCAGCCCCCUUCCAGCCAGCUGUUAGAGCGCCCCUGCUUCCUCCUCCUCCUCCUCCUAAGAAAUCUCUACCUCCUCCUCCUACCUCUCCCAUUAUCAUUAAAGGGAUGGAGUAUGACUGUGACCCUUACUGGGACCCUGACUGCCUUAUCGAUCACCCACCUCGACCUGUCAAGGCGACCGAGCCCCCCCCACCUCCGCCUACUGUCCCCCCUUUUCAUGUAAAGGAGGUGGAGGCAGUUGCAGCUAAGGAGGCUUUAGCCCCAUUUGAUCCUUACGAUUAUCGGCGAGAGCUCUUUGACCCUUAUCGCUAUUCUGACCCAGCCCCUUUCCCACAAUAGACAAUUAAAUAUAGGUACAGAUAUAACACACAAAGGUCGCUGAAAAAACACAGGUGUGAGCUAAACUACACAUUGCUGUAAUAGUGUAUUCAACAUGUAUUUGUGUCUGUUAUCAAUUUAUAUUAAAAUGUCACUUUGUGGUGAAAGGGUGCUCUCCUGUAGUGAGAAAAUGUGAUCUCUCUGGUCAUUUUGUUUGGAAAAUUCUGUAGACUGGAAUUUUUGGAAGUGUAAAUGUUAUUACCAGUGCUUACAUUUUGUUUGAAAAAUGCAAUGUGGAAUUUGUGCUGUGAAUAUACACUUAUGGUGGAGAAAUAUGAAUGAGGAAAUAAUUAAAUUCGAGGUCAAUGGUUAGUGUUUAUGAAUGACUGCUGGCAUCGAGGAAAAGAAACUAAAUGAAAGUCACGGACUUUUUAUUUUUGGUGUUAUCAAAAUUGUUAGAGUUCGAUGUUAGAGGUAGCGUGGCCGAGCGGUCUAAGGCGCUGGAUUUAGGCUCCAGUCUCUCCGGGGGCGUGGGUUCGAAUCCCACCGCUGCCAAUAUGAGUUUUAAUCGCAUCAUGAUAUGUGCCCAUGAUAAUAUUCCUAUCUAAUAUUGCAUCUGCAGCUGAGACUCCUCGUAGAACCAUUGACUGUGUUCAUAGAACAUAGCCUCUUAGAUGUACAGUUUUGAAGAAUGGAGAAGAUAACGUGGUUGUAACGCUUCGCUUUGGACUGCAAUUCAUCAUAAUUACUCAUUAGGUGAUCUGUCCGCGGUGUUUUGAAGGGCACUAACUGGACAGUUCAUAGCCCUGGUAAGUGGUUCUUUUCGAGUUGCGCUGAUACUUGUUUGUCCUGUCGGUGUAGAACUUAGAUGCCAGACAUCCAGUUUCCUAAUCAGGCAAGAUCACCUUGGGUAGAUAACGACAUGAGUAGACUAUAUUUGCGCAACUUAGAGAGCUUUGACCAUAUUUGGGGACACAUUUGAUUUUAGCUGAUGCCAUUGUUCUCGCAGGAUGUAUGUUUCUAAACAGUUAUGAUCUAUGUAGCCUAUUCAUUCCGUUUGGAUGAUUCAAUACGAAAAUCUUGUUUUUCUGCAGUGUUAGCCCAUUAAAGAUUUGGAAUUAGACAGCGUCGAGCAAUCUCUCAUAGGCCUACUCAUAAUAAGGUUUUUUGAAGCCAUCUCAGGCUGCAUGUCAAAUUAAGUAACUUUAGAACUAUUACCCAGGUUUUAGAAAAGAUGCGGUGAAGCAUUUGUUCCUUAUAAGGAAAAAACAGUCAAGAAGAUACAGACAGUUAAAGGAAUGUGAAAUUCACAUCGAGGCAUGGUAUUUAAAC